CCCCUCGGGCCGCCGUCCGGGCGCCGGAAGCGGGCGCGGCGGCCAUGAGCAAGCGGAGCCAGGUGUCGUUCGUGCGGCCGGCCGAGCCGGCCUUCCUCAGCCGCUUCAAGCAGCAGGUCGGCUACCGGGAAGGGCCCACGGUGGAGACCAAGAGAGAGCAGCUCCCACUUGCAGAUGAUGACAGUGAGAACGGCAGUGACAGAGAAGAUGAGCAGCCUCAGGUGGUAACGCUGAAAAAAGGGGACCUGACUGCUGAAGAAGUAAUGAAAAUCAAACAGCAAAUCAAAGAGGCCUCAAAGUCAAACAAAUCAGAUGCUGAACCAGAACCAGAACCUGCUGAUGGAAAAAUUAUGUUCAGGAAACCAGCCAAAAGGUUGUCAGAGAAGUCUUUGGACUUCAAUGUAAGUUCAAGUAAGAAGAUGAAAGAGGCAAAGAAAGCUAAGAGAGAAGCAGCUGCUCCUCAGAGUACAGCUAAGCAAGUGAAAAACAGCAGUCUGCUCUCCUUUGAUGAUGAGGAAAAUGAUGAUUAGGAGUUGUAUUUGUUUGUAUUUUACUUACCCUUCUAGGCAGCUGAAUAAGACUGAGGAUUUUCCUAGGUACCAAGGCAGGCUGGCUGAGUCUUCUCUUACUUGGUUGUGGUCCAGCUAGGGCAACACAGUGUGGGCUGAGGAAGAGCUAAGGAGCUGGGCAGGCAGACAUCGUGUCUUUGAACAGAGAACACAGCCACAUGUGGAAAGGCUACUUGAGGUCACAAACCAGUAGCAAAGUGCACACUUACCCAGUUUCUGCACAUUUUCAAAGCAUUGGGUUGUCUUCAUUUUCACUAUUUGGAAUGUUUCCCAUCACUACAGCUAUGUUUCCUCUUUGUUUGCCUUAGUUGACAGUUGUGUGGCCAUUACCUCUUAUUGCCGUUUGAUAGGGAGGGACUUCAUCAGCAGAAACUGGCUGCUCUCUCAAACCCAAGUCUGAGCAACUUCUGCCUGUGUGGUUUGGCAGAGCAGCCCUUUGCAGAGCCCUUGCAGUUGCCAGAAAUCUAUAGUCUUAACCCUGCCUUUGGUGAAUGCAGCCUCAGAAGCCUCACGCUCAUUGGACUUGAUUGUGCAACAAGAUAGGGAAUUUGGAUUGCUAUGGAUGGUAUCAACUGAUGCAAAAGAAAGAUGCCUGAGCCCCUGGAGGCUGUGCUGCCCUUUGGCUAGCACAGUGGUGGUUUGCUGGUGGGUUUGGUUUGUUCUUUUAAAGUCUGUUUGGUCCAGCUGGCUAGCUCUGUGUUCAGAAUUGUCUGGGAAUUCAAACAGCUUACUUAAAACAACCACCACAGGCUUUGUCUUUAGGCUGUGGAAAAGCAUUCUUCUGGGUUUCCUCAAGUACGACACUGGAGAGAGGAAGUCCAGAGUCACCACAGCUUGUGGAGCAAAGCUCUGAAGUGUUCUGGUGUCCAUGCUCAGGACACUGCAAGUGAGCAUUUCUCUACUCUGGAAAUGGAAAUGCAAACUGACACUGUGGGCUGAUGGGGACAAGGUGCUGGAAAUGGGCCUGGUGAGCCUGAAAUGGUCUGGAGAGCUGAUGUGUGCUGCAGCCAGGCCUGAGACUGCUGCAGAGGCACAGGCUGGCAGGCGAGGAAGCCAGUUCUGUUGCACAGCAUUCCAAGUCACUCUAGCUGUAAGGCUUCAAUGAGGAGACAUUAGAAGGCUGCUGUAUGAAGCAGCUGGGUUCAAUUUGUUCAUCUGGUAUUAAACAAUUCUGUUUUCUUUAAGUGGCUCAAGGACACUAUGACAGUUUCAGUACAGAGAAUGGGAUAUGAAUGGAGCCUCUGUGAGUGCUGCCUGUGUGUACAUAGCAGCUUCCUGCAGUGCCAGCCUGCCUGCUGUUCCACACUGGUGCUGGAAGUGCAUGGCACCCUGGCUGGAACAUUCAGCCUUUCAAACAAUCAGCACCAGACCAACAAAUGGAUAUUAAAGCCUGGUUCUAGCACUGGUCUGGUACUACACUUACCAGAAACAUGCUGGGUUAGACUGGAGCUGAGGAAGUUCUUCAGUGUCAGGGUGGUGAGACUCAAAUAGGCUGCCCAGGGAGGCUGUGCUUGCCUCUUGCCUGGGAGUGUUGAAGGUCAGGCUGGAUGAGGCCUUGAGCAGCUGAGUCUAGUUGAGAGGUGUCCCUGGGCAUGGUGGGGUGGUUGGAGAAGAUCUUUUUAAUUGAGGUCUUGAGCAACCUGUUCUAGUGGGAGGUGUCCCUGCCUGUUGACAGGGGGUUGGAACUGGACGAUUGUUGAGGUCUUUCCAAGCUAAACCAUUCUGUGAUCUGAGGUCCGUUCCAGGCUGAGCCAUCCUCUGAUGAUUCUGUGAUCAUGCAGAGUUGUUCUUCAGGCAGUGCAGCAGAGAGGUGCAGGUGCAGUUUCUUCCCUUCGUUCCAGCUGUGGUCUGUAGUGCUUUGACCAGGAGGGACUUUUGUACUCGUUGCUCUUGCUCCCUGCUCACCUGGCAGUAACUACCUGCAUAAAUUUGUCGAGAGGCGAAAAUGAUGCACAGAAGCCUUUUUAGUCAGGUAGUCAUGUGAAAGUCCAGUGUUCUUGCUGUGGCAGCCCAGGAGAAGAGCACCACCAGCUGCCCAUGACCCCUGGGGCUGCAGAGAGCCAUUGCUCCUUCAGGAAAGCACUGUGACACUGUCUCAAGCACUCACCUGCCUGAAGCAAUGGGCCCUGGACAAGUCAUCGUCUCCAGAACUCCCUGGUGACGGGGAAGCCAAAGUGAGGAUGUGGAACGUGAGGAUAUGGAACAUGGGGCUGGGACUGGAGUUGACAAUUUUCCUGGGUUUUCUUUCUUCCCAGCCCCCAUCCCCAGGCCUUUCCCCCUCCUGUGGUGGGAGUUCUCUAUGUUUUGUUUUUUCUCUUGUGGCUCUUGCUCCAAUAAGUGUGAGAAAAGCACUGUGGAGGAGCAAAUUGGAAGCUGCUGAGGCUCCUUUCCUAGUCUGGGAAUCUUGGUCAGCUGUGGCCUGUUACUUCAUGUGGGAACCUUGUACAGUUUUCAUCAAUAAAAUCUUUAGUGUUUACCUGUAA